GCCGGCGUUGUGUUCCAGCUGGGCACUGACUUCCAAGGCGCCAGAGGGAUGAAGUAACUCCAGAUGCUCCGUUACUGUUUUUCGUGUAUGGGCUGAGUCUUGAGCAUAUCUCUAUGGCACUAGAUACCAUUGAAGAAUGACCUCCAACAACAUGGAAAUAAACGAUAAUGAUAAGUACAAGAGCCCAGACAGUGAAUCUCUGUGGACUAUGGACGCAGAAGCCAGUGCUGGGAAGAAAUUCACCAUUCCAAAGAUCAGGAGGACGACUGAACCAGUUUACUUGUCGUCUUGCUACACCAACACUAGAGAGUAUGGUUUCAUACAUGGCACUCUGAAGCAGUGCAGGCUGGAUAUAAGCUGUGACCUGCAGUUCACAUGGCAGUUUGGGGAGACAAAACUGGUUCGAAAUGAAUAUCUGGAAAAACAGUUUGCUGCUAAGAGGUCAGAGAUGCGUGAGGGUGGAAGACACAGCAGAGAACUGGAAGAACAUUUCUGCUUUCUGGCACUUCCUCAGAGCGAUGUGGUGGAUGUUUACCAGAAUGGGCUAAGUGUCGGAACAUCCCCACUGAGAAUACUUGGGAAUCCUCUUCUUGGAGUGUAUCUGUUUAGACAUGUUGACAUUGCCCUGCGUCAUGCUUGCAGUAGAAGCGUGGCUGUAGAAAGUAUUAUGAUUUUUAAGGUUCUCUUUGGGAGAAUAAAGAAGAUUCAACCUUCUAUGGAUAAAAACAAAGUUUCUCUGGAUCCUUCUCCUAACUUUGAUUGCCAUAUGUCAAGAAAUAUGCCUUCUCUGAAAGAUACCAUUGAGCUACAAGCCUACAAUUCAAUGGUGUACUUCUAUGAGUAUGAUUACUUUUCAAGACCAGUAGAUAAACCUAGGCAAUGUCUUCCAUAUGCAAUAGUAACAGUGAAAUGUAUUGGUCAAAAGGCAGGUAAUGGACAGCUUAUAACAUCGCUGAGAUUCUCCUCAACAGGAUUUCCUAAGAGGCUUGAAAGAGCAUGUUCUCUGAAUAACUGUACAAUUGCUAAAAGAAUUGGAAAAGGAAAAGAUGCUACAGUCAUCUUUGAGCACUUCAGGAAACCUGUCGAUCCAUUUGUUCAGGAAAAUUGUCCAUGUAAAGCACUAAAUUCAGAGAUGGGUCCUUUCAGCUCAGAUACUUCUAGUUCUUAUGGAAAUGUGCAAAAUGGAAACAAUUCUGUGCUUGAAGCAUACAACAGACAGACAGAAAAUUCAUCAAAUCUUAGAGAUGCUUCUCAAGUAUACACACACAAUUCAGGUUUUUCUUUCAUACCCACUGAUAACACAGCAAGUGGUAAUGGUGACCUGUUCAGUGUGACAUAUCUUAGAAGUAUUUUAAGUAGUAUUUCUGCUGCUUUUCCCUCUCACAACAAUACUGGCUCAAGUACAGUUAUUACUUCAAAACUCAUUAAGGACCCAAGACUGAUGAAGAGAGAACAGAGCAUGAGAAACAAAAGUAGCACUGCAGGUUUGAGUGAUGUUUUGCCAUUUGAUAAGAAUUUGAGUUGUGGUGAUUCACAAAUAAAGCUGACAUGUAUGCCAACUAGUUCCAUCUCUUCAUCGGAAGUUCCUGCUGAUCAUACCAUUACUAGUUGUUUGAAUGCCUCUUGCUUCAAAUUCUCUUCUGAAAGUUCACACUAUCAGGCUCAUAAUAGCAGCUCAAAGGGCCAUGACUGUAUAGCAUCCAGUAGCAUUGCUGUUACAGAACAAUUUAAAGAACAACACAGUUCUUCCUUCCCCAGUUCUUUAUCAAAUGCACUUUCAGAUGUCAGGAAACAAAAACUCAGUGAAGAACAGGUCCAGAGAGCUCAAAUGAGAAGCAAUGGCCCAGUUUUAACAGCUCUGAGCAGCGAGCCACGGAACUCCAAUGAAUCAGAAAAUACUUGUAGCAACGACUCUCAGGGUCAUUUCUCUCAAGAGUCACCAUCUUCUGAUAUAAACAGUAUAUAUAAGGUUGGUCACCAGAUGUCUACAAUCUUCCCAGCCCAGAAGAAAGGAAAUCUAUGUGAAUACAUCCAAGAUACGGGAAUGAUGAGAACCUCCAUCAGCACAGAAGACAGCACUAAAGAUGGAGUAAACCAUACUUGGUGCAAAGAAACUGUUCUUACUAAUGAAACUGUUAAAAGCCCAAUUGAUAAUUCCAAUACAUUGUACCAGGAACACAAAGAAGGAGGAAAUCUUAAUUCUUUAAGUGGUAAUUGUGAAAAAAUCGGAGUUACUCAUAAGUUACAAAUGCCCAAGUUUCCCAUAUCUUCCACAGGGGAUAAAAAUGAACUAUAUCAUGCAGCAUUGGAAUUAGAGUGUUCUCUUACUCCAACUAUAGAGUGUCUUUCACAAAAGUACCCUCAACACUCUUUGGAGCAUGAAGACAAUACAAAUUUUGCCAUGACUCAAGGGCUAAUAGAAUUAAAAACAGUACAAAAUAAUCAGAACUUUGGUAACAUUUUGUCUGAUGCCUUCCAGGAAGCAAAAGAUGUUCCCCUGGCCAGUGAAAAGCUCACUGAUAGAGUUAUUUCAUCUGCUGCCAUUGACAUCUCUCUUGACAGUUCAGUUUGCAACAUAAUUGGAGAAUAUACAUGUGUCCAGAGGGAAAAUGAAAAUGGGGAAGUAUCACCAUAUAACUGUCACAAAGUAGAAGCUGCUCAUGUUAAAGAUGGUGUGCAGAAUCAUAGCCUGUCUUAUGAUGCAGAAUUGAGCUGUGAUCUGAACUUGAAAAUUAAUUUGCAAGAACAAAGAGAUGAUGAAAAUCCAAAUGAGGCUAAAGAACACAAUACAGAUAACAUAAAUGGAAGUGAGAAACAAGAUUGUCUUGCAAAUGACCAUUUCACCAAUAUAGUUGAAAUGAGGGAAAUUAAGAGUAACACCGAAGUAGAAAUUCUGAAUUCUGAAGAAUGUUUCACAUUUAACUCAUUUCGGGGGAAAAACGGUAAACCAGCAGAAACAGCAUCAUCAGAGACUGAAGCUGUAGAACAAAGGCAUGCACCAAAUGAUCAAAGAGGCCUAGAGCACUUGGUGUCCACAUUUCCAGAAAUUGAAGGCUCUUCAGUGUGUGUAGCCUCAAAUGCUACAAAACAAAUAGUUGGCACUACUGUCCUUACAGUAAGCACAAGUCUUGGGGAUCAUCAAAAAGACGAGUUAAAAGAAAUUUGUUCCUCUGAGAGUUCAGAUUUGGGUUUAAUAAAACACAGCAUUUCUGAAUGUGAAAUUGAUACUGAUAAAGAUAAAUUACAAGACUUUCAUCAGUUGGUAAAUGAGAAUUCAGCUCUUAAAACUGGAUUGGGAAGUGAAAUUGAGGUAGAUCUUGAAGAACAUAAUGCUUCUGAAUUUCAACAAAAUAUGCAUAGCCAGGGAAACGACCUUUGUGAAGAAUUUGAGUUAUAUGAGUCUCUAAAGUCUCGGAUUGAUUGGGAAGGCCUAUUUGGAAGCAGUUAUGAGGAAAUAGAAACCUCAAGUUUUGCAAGAAGGGAGGGUACUGAUCAGCAUAGUUCUACAGAAUGUAACUGUGUUUCUUUCUGUUCACAAGACAAAAGAGAGUUCUACAACCCAAUUUUUCUUCCAGAUCUACAAGUUACAAUUACAAACUUACUUAGUCUACGAAUCAGUCCCACUGAUGAAUCUUUAGAGUUGAAAGAUAAUUUUUACAAACAGGUAACUGAAUCUACAGAACCAGAAACAAAUAAGGAAGGGAAUGCUUCUGGAUUUGGCAUGUGCUCCCAACCUUCUGGAGAAAAUUCAAGUUUUUCAUGUGCAAAUAAGUUUGGUAAUUCAGUGCAAGAAUCAGGAGAUGUGAGCAAGUCUGAAAGUUCCCAUUCUUCCAACUCAAGUCAUAAUACACAUGUGGAUCAAGGAUCUGGAAAACCAAACAAUGACUCUUUGUCUACUGAACCAUCUAAUGUCACAGUAAUGAAUGAUAAGAGUAAAUGUCCCACAAAAUCAAAACCUGUCUUUAAUGAUACUAGAAAUAAAAAGGACAUGCAAUCAAGAAGUAGCAAAAGAACCCUGCAUGCAUCUUCUUCCAGGGGUCAGAACAUAGCCGAUAAAGACUUAAGGGAGCAUGAAACUCACGAGAAGAAGAGAAGGCCAACAAGCCAUGGUUCAUCUGACCGUUUCUCUUCCUUAUCCCAAGGACGAAUUAAAACAUUUUCGCAGUCAGAGAAGCACAUUAGGAAUGUACUGAAUAUUCUAAAUAAUGAAGCAUCUUUAUGUAAAAGCAAACAUCUGUCCAGGAAAUUGAACAAAGCUGUUCUUCACUUAAAAAAAGCCCAUAGAAGAGUUCAUACAUCUUUGCAGCUUAUAUCUAAAGUGGGACAAAAGAGGAAGGGCCCAUUACCAAAAGCAUAUGCAGUAAUACAUAAUAAUUUCUGGGAAAGUUGUGAUCAUCAAGGUGAUAGUUUGAUGUCUGAAAGAAGAUAUUCUAAGCAUUUUUUGUCCAAAAGAAAAUAUGACAGACAGGGAGAUAAAAGAUUUUUAAGAUUUGACAUUGAGGAGUCAUUGACCCCGGUAUCAAAGCACAGAUUAUAUAGAACAAACAGAGAGAGGAUUGCAGAGUGCCUUUCUAGUGAAGUCAUGUCUGGGCAUGUUUCCAGUAGUCUUACCACUUUCCACGUGAGAGAAUUUUGUGAUGAGCAGUUUCCAGAACCACAGUUACCUCUAGCUUACACAUCUCAAAGUAUAAGUCAGUUAGAAUACACUAAUAGCAUUGUGGGAAAUGAAAGCUCUUCUGAACUUGAACAUUUUUCUGAAACAAGUGGGAAUAUGCUUGACCCAAAAGAAACACUAACUGAAAAAGAAUAUCAGACACAUACACAGUUAUGUAAUAGUGACUCUGCAAAACUUAAAAACCAUACAACACAUAGUAUUAGGGAUAUAGCAAAAGAAUAUAAUUCUGAGGAUAAAACAGUUCUCUGUGAAAGCAAUCCAGUGUAUUUAAGUUUCAUAAAAGAAAAUACAAGUCACAAUCCAGAUAAAAGUUAUGAUUCAACUUGUAAAGCUAACACUGACAUACAUGUUUCAGUUUUAGGCUCAAAAAAUAAGCCCAUUUUAAGUGUUGAUAUUUAUGAAGAAGAUAAUUGUGUAUCUGAUGGUGUUAAAAAUGGAGAAGCAAUUUUUCCUAUAGAAAAGUGUACAGUUCCUAUGGAGACCACAUCAAGCAUUCCUACGGAAGAUAUAGCAAGCAAAAGUUACACUAUUCCUCCAGUCUCAUCAAUUCUAGUGACAGCUGGAGAGGAAGAAUCUUCUGUAGGGGAAAAUGGACUCUUCGAUGUAAAUGAGAAUGAGAUGAAUAUUACUAUGCAUUCUAAAUUAGAUCUAACAUCAGUAACUGAAGAAAGUAAAAUUUGUAAGAAAAAUAUGAAGAACCUAUCUUGCAAUGAUAGUUCUAUGCUUUUAAAGGAGAAUGUAACGGGUCCUUCAAAAAGAUAUAUGGCAAAAUACAUUGAGGAAGAAAAAAUUAGGAAAAUUGAGCAAGCAGUUUAUAAAAAAAUUAUUACUGAAGGAUCACCUAUUAGUUUUAAGUACAAAAGUCAAAAUAAGAUCCUAAAAGAAGAAUCAUUUCAUGUUAACAAGAAAAUAAUUACAAACAACUUAACUGAUUCUCACCUAAGCACUAAAAAUUCUACUGUAGACACAAUUGCUUUGAAAGACAUUCCUAAUCAGCUUAAAGAAAAAAAGGAAGCAGGGCAAAUUAAAGUUAAUAACAACUCUCACUCUGACUGUCUCUCCAGGCCAGCCAUUGUAGAAACUAAUCAUAGGCCUGUUUUACAUGGGAACCCUAAAGUUGCUACUCUUCAGAAGGAACUAAAAGAACAUCACUCACCUAAUUACACAUCUCAUGUAACAGAACUGUCUCAAAUUUUACAGAGAGCAGAUGAAGCAGCAUCUCUUCAGAUUUUAGAAGAGGAGACUAAACUUUGUCAAAAUAUUCUCCCUUUAUUUGUUCAAGCUUUUGAAAGACAGCAAGAAUGUUCAAUUGACCAAAUCCUGAUUUCAAGAAAGCUAUUGGUAGAACAAAACUUGUGGAAUAAUUGUAGACUUAAAUUGAAACCAUGUGCUGUUGAUACUUGGGUAGAACUUCAGAUGGCAAUGGAAACUAUUCAAUUUAUUGAAAACAAAAAAAGAUUCUUAGAAGGUAAACCAACAUUCCGAAGCUUGCUUUGGUAUGAUGAGAGCUUGUACAGUGAACUGCUUCGCAGGCCACGUGGAUAUCAACUGCAGUCCAAUUUCUACCCUGGUUUUCAAGGACGACUAAAAUACAAUGCAUUCUGUGAGUUACAGAAUUAUCAUAAUCAGUUAGUUGAAUUCUUAACAGAAACAAAAAAAGAAAAGAAUUCAUAUUACGCAUUAUUAAAAUACAAACGGCAAAUUAAUGAAUGUGAAGCCAUAAUGAAGCACUAUUCUGAUUGCUUUGACUUUUGUCUUUCUGUUCCAUUUGCCUGUGGAGUUAACUUUGGAGAUAGUUUAGGAGACCUGGAAGCCUUAAGAAAAAGCACUCUGAAGUUGAUCAGUGUACCUGGGGGCUCUCCUAAAGUCCAUUCCUAUCCAGGAAAGAAAGAUCAUUUGUGGAUCAUUAUAGAAAUAGUCUCCUCAAAGGUUAGUUUUAUCAAGAGCAAUGAAGAAAUAAGUAUCAAGGUCUGUCUUUAUGGUCUGGAGCAUAUAUAUUUCGAUGCUGCAAAAAGUCUUGUAUGGAAAGAAAAAAGCUGCUCUUUACCCAAAAAACAUUCAGGAAAGAAUAGAGAAAUGGAGGAAAUAAAUGAGAGUGCUUUUUCUAAGUUGAAGAAGAUCUAUGAUGUCUUAUCCAAAGGUUUAAACAAUGAACCCACUAGUAUUGGGCUUCAAGAAGAUGCUAUUAUUGCUUCCAAACAAUCCACUCUGGGUAGCAUAUUAAACUGUAGGCUGAACAAAGCUUGGCUUUCAUAUCCAGAUAUUUCUUGUGUUGGUGAGAUACUGGAUCAAGCUAAAUCUGCAGACCUAGAGGAGUUACAGGGCCUCACUCUCAGAUGUACAGAUCACUUAGAAAUUUUAAAAAAAUACUUUCAGAUGCUGCAAGAAGAUAACAUAGAUAAUAUUUUUAUCAUGGAAGAAAAUGUUUUAGAUAUGCUAAGCAACCACAACCUGGGAGCAGUCAUUUUAAAGCCUGAAGCUAUUGAGAUUUAUAUUGAAAUUGUCAUGAUCUCAGAAACAAUUCACUACCUUAAAAAUUUAAUAGCAAAGAAACUGCACAACCAGAGAUUUCGAGGUAUGCUCUGGUUCGAUUGGUCUCUUCUUCCUGAGCUAAUUGGCUGCCAAGAAGAAGUGGUUUCCCUUUCUGUUGGUGACACCCAAACACAUUGCCUUUGGAAACUGGUAGAGACUGCAAUUUCUGUCCUUAAGAAAGAGCUGGCUGUUAUCUAUGAAUAUGGUGAAGCUUCUAACUGUUCCUAUGCUCUACAUUUAUUCUACAGAGAACUUAAGGAACUUACAGGAGUUAAAAGACUUCUGAAUAACUCUAAGUAUUCAGUUUCCACGUAUAUUGACUUGGUACCACAUACUGCAUCUGUAAAUUUUGGAAACACUGUGGCAGAAUUAGAACAUAACUACAAGCAGUUUUUUCUUUUACUCAAAAAUGUAAUGUCUGUCCCUCAGAAAGAUUUUGGAAAAAUGGUUCAUAUUAUAAAAGUUAUGAAGACAAUUGAACAUAUGAAGGUGCUAAGUGCUAAAGAUACUAAAUUGUCCACUAAUCUUCUCUUUCUCCAAAUGCUGCGCAACAAAAGGAAUGCUUUGCAACAAAACAGACAAGAAAAGAUGGAGACACCCGUUACAGAACCUGGGGAGGACAGCAGUCAACCUGGGGUUUCUGAGCAGACACCUCCAGGUGCAGAGUGCACAGUAAAAAACAUUUCAGACUCCUCUAAAAAGCGACCUGUGACUGCAGACACAUGUGAAGUCUCUCAGGGAAAAGGAAAUACAGACACUGUUCCCAGUUCUAAAAAACAAAAGGUUACCAUGAAAGAUGUUGGAAACAGACAGACAGUAUCCAAACAUCCAAGCACUACAGGAUCUCCUCCCAAUGAUGAAAACAAAAUAGGAUCAAAUUCCUCUGACAGUCUGAAAAGCAUCUCUACAUCUCCAGAAGUGGUCAAAAGACAGAGCUCAAUACUUGGUUCAGUGUCGCCUGCUGAAAGUGUACAAGACACUUGCACACCAAAGUCAGAAAGCAAAGUAGAGCCAACAGACAGCUCACCUGAUGCUUUAGCAUCUCUCACUGAACAGCAGGAAAACUCAAAUGUCAUAGAGAAAAGAAAUGGGAAUUCUAGUGCAGCUGAAACAAAUGAUAAGAAAGACUGUCCUUUAGUAACUUGUGACCAAAAGGAUAUAGAUGCCUCUUACUCACCUGACCACACACCUGCACAGGAGUCCCAUAAAACCCCUGUGGAUCACACACAGAUGUCUCCUUCAAACCUAACAGCAGGAAAUUAUGACCCUCUUGUACCUGAUACAUCUCUGCUCUCAGUGUCUGCUUCCCAGUCUGAGAAGGACAUUUAUUUGAGUGGCACAGACUUUCACCAUGAAAAUAACAAAAUACUAAAUUUGUCUACUGAAGAUUAUACAGGCACCAGCUCUCCAGAACCUGUGUGUAUCCAGGACAAAAUUUCUGUCCUGCAAGUAGAUAAAACACAGCCUAUAAAAAGUGAAUCACCAAAAAACUGUAUGACUGAUGCACCAAAUCCCAAUACUGCACCAUUUGGCUCAUAUGGGAACUCAGCCCUUAAUAUGAAUGGAACAGUACAGCACACUCACUCUGAACAGAAUUCAAAAGUCCUGACUCAGAAAGUUGGCACAUCCAGGAAUAUACCUCCACAGUCUGCAUGUUCUCCAGUAUAUAAUUCUUCUGAGCGUUCAUUUGGAACUUCAUAUCCAUACUACUCUUGGUGUUUCUAUCAGUACAGCAGCAGCAAUGGCACUGCUGUUACUCACACAUACCAAGGGAUGACAGCAUAUGAGAUACAGCAACCUCCUCCUCCUCCAAUGUUGACUACAGUUGCAAGUACUGUUCAGAGCACACAUUUCAAUCGUUCAUACUCUGAACAUUUUAGUUACUUUGCUGGACAGCCACAAGCAAAUUCCUUUAACCCAGGAAAUGGGUAUUUUCCAUCUCGCACGCCUGUUUCUUACAAUUACCAACAACCAGUUUAUUCACAGUUUGCUUCUCAUCAACCAGUCCCACAGGCUACAUAUCCUUAUCCGCCUAACCCAGGUGUGCCUCCUCAAGUUCCUUGGACUUAUGCUCCAUGGCAACAGAAUCCGUUUCUACGAAGACCUUAAAAAUAAAUCUCUUCAUACUGAAAUAAAUGCAACUUAAGUUUUCUCAAGUA